UCUGUCUCCUCCAUAAACAGAAAUUUACGCACACAUGCGUGUGAUGCUGACGCAGGAGCUGGUCAACACUGUAAACACUACACACCUCAGACCACUUUCUCAUCACUUUUACACUCAACCUGUCCCCUAACUCAACACACACUCCAUCACAAGUUACUUUUCGGCGAAACCUACGCUCUCUCUCCCCAUCUCAGCUAUCCUCUUUGGUCUCAUCCACACUUCCUCCCCCCAACCAGUUCUCAUCACUGGACACUAACAAUGCUACUGACACUCUUUGCACCACUCUAACAUCUUGCUUAGAUGACUUCUGCCCCCUUUUAACCAGACCAGUCCGUGCCACCCCCUCUGCCCCCUGGCUCUCUGAUGCUCUUCGUGAGCAUCGGUCGAGACUCAGGGCUGCAGAGAGGAAGUGGCGCAAAUCUAAAGAUCCUACUGACCUUAGCUUAUAUCAGUCACUCCUUUCUUCUUUCUCUACUGAUGUCUCCAAUGCUAAAACCACAUACUAUCACACUAAAAUUAACAAUUCGACUGAUUCCCGCACACUCUUCAAAACCUUCUCUUCUCUUCUUUGCCCUCCUCCCCUCCCUCCCACAUCAGCUCUUACAGCUGAUGACUUUGCCACAUUCUUCACACACAAAAUAACAACCAUCAGCGGCCAAUUCUCCACACCACACACGGACAAUAACAUCUUAACGGAAAACGCACAAACCCUCUCCUCCUUCUCCAUGCUAUCUGAGGCAGAUGUUUCCAAACUCAUCCUCUCCAAUCACCCUACUACCUGUCCGCUAGACCCUAUCCCCACUCCUCUUCUUCAGGCCAUCUCCUCCUCAAUUCUACCUGCACUCACUCACAUUAUCAAUUCUUCCCUUCACACUGUAACAUUUCCCACAGCUUUUAAGCAGGCUAGGAUUACCCCACUGCUUAAAAAACCCACUCUGAAUCCAGCACUUUUAGAAAACUACAGACCAGUAUCUCUUCUUCCUUUCAUUGCCAAGACACUGGAGAGAGUUGUUUUCAACCAACUGUCUACUUAUCUCACACAGAACAACCUCCUUGAUGACCACCAGUCUGGUUUCAAGAGUGGCCACUCAACUGAGACUGCCCUGCUCUCAGUCACUGAAGCACUGAGACUGGCACGAGCGACUUCAAAAUCAUCAGUACUCAUCUUGCUGGAUCUGUCUGCUGCCUUCGACACCGUUAACCACCAGAUCCUCCUGUCAACACUCAUGUCGAAGGGCAUCUCGGGAACCGCACUCCAGUGGUUUGAGUCUUACCUCUCAGAUGAUCCGACGGUUGCUGGUCGCAUCGCAGCCUGCCUGACAGCCAUUUCUGCCUGGAUGAAGGACCACCACCUUCAACUCAACCUUGCAAAAACGGAACUGCUGGUGGUCGGUGCCAACCCAACACUUCGUCAUAACCUUUCAAUUCAACUUGGGUCGUCAACCAUUACUCCUUCCAGGACAGCCAGGAACCUUGGAGUGGUGAUGGAUGAUUGUUUAAGCUUCUCAGAUCAUGUUGCUACAACGGCCCGGUCCUGCAGAUUUGCCUUGUACAACAUCAGGAAGAUUAGACACUUCCUAUCGGAGCAUUCCACACAAAUUCUUGUCCAAGCUCUUGUUCUAUCCAGACUGGACUACUGUAAUGCUCUCUUGGCUGGACUUCCAGCAUGCACUGUCAAGCCUCUUCAACUGAUCCAGAAUGCUGCAGCAAGACUGGUCUUCAACGAGCCGAAGAGAGCGCACGUCACUCCUCUCUUCAUCAGUCUGCAUUGGAUGCCAGUAGCUGCUCACAUCCAAUUCAAGGCUCUGAUGUUUGCCUACAGAAUGACCGCUGGCUCUGCACCGCCAUACCUUAACUCGCUACUUCAGACUUAUGCGCCCUCCAGAAACUUGCGUUCUGCAAGUGAACGGCGGCUUGUGGUCCCAUCACAAAGGGGCACAAAAUCACUCUCUCGAACCUUCUCCGGGUCUGCUCCUGGCUGGUGGAAUGACCUGCCGCGCUCUAUCCGAGCAGCUGAAUCUUUAGCCACUUUCAAAAAAAUGCUAAAGACAGUUACCAUCAUGGUGACAAGUAGCGCAUGCGGCUUGGUAUGA